CCCCGCCUCGGUUGAUAAGCUCUUGCAGCUGCACACAAGUCAGAAAAGGCGAGCGGAGGAGGAGGAAUCCCAGUAAAAUAAGUGGGAGAUAGCUUCUUUGGGGGGUAAAGAAGUUUUUUUCUUAUUUUCACCUACUAGGGGAGCGUUUGGUUAACCUGGAGCCAUACAGAUCUGGGAGAGAUGUAGUAACUCUUUGGCUGCUUUUGUCGUUGUUUCACGAUGGAGGAACCUGCGACAAGAGAGUCUGAGAUGUCCCUGUCAGACGGUGCCUCGGACGACGACCUGCCCCUGACGUUACCCACAGAUGGCAGCCACAGCGGGAGCAUCCGAAAGGGGUGUGAUCCUUUUGCUCAGACUCAGCGCAGUAAACUGCAGCACCGGCGUGCUCGCAUCAACCAGCAGAUCAACAAGGAGAUGCGCAUGAGAGCGGGAGCAGAAAACCUGUUCAGAGCAACGAGCAACAACAAGGUGAAGGAGACCGUCGCUCUGGAGCUCAGCUUCGUCAACAGCAACCUGCAGCUGCUCAAAGAGGAGCUGGAGGAGCUCAACAGCAACAUGGAGGUCUACCAGACGGACAGUGAGGCCAUCAACGUCCCCAUGAUCCCACUCGGAUUAAAAGAAACCAAAGAGGUGGACUUCACACUUUCUAUCCAGGACUUCAUCUGUGAGCACUACGGAGAAGACAGCUCCCUCUACGACAAGGAGAUCAAGGAGCUCAUGGAGCUCAGACAGGCCAUGCGCACACCGAGUCGUAACCAGGCUGGUCUGGAGCUUUUGAUGGAGUACUACAACCAGCUGUACUACCUGGACCAGCGCUUCUUCCCUCUGCACAGGAACCUGGGCGUGCACUUCCACUGGUAUGACUCUCUGACAGGUGUCCCGUCAUGUCAGCGCACAUUGGCCUUUGAGAAGGGAAGUGUAUUGUUCAACAUCGGCGCUCUCUACACACAGAUUGGGGCUCGACAGGACCGCUCUGUUACAGCCGGCAUAGACAGGGCUAUAGAUGCCUUUCAGAGGGCUGCAGGUGCAUUUAAUUACCUUAAAGAGAACUUCUCUAAUGCUCCCAGUCUGGACAUGAGCUGUCCAUCCCUCUGCAUGCUGGUCCGGCUCAUGGUCGCUCAGGUGCAGGAGUGUGUGUUUGAGCGAGUCAUACUCACCACGCAGGACACACACUUCAACUCCCAGCUCUACCUGGCACAAGAAGCUGCUCGAGUGUCAGACGUCUACCUGUUAGUGCAGCAGACCAUGUCACAGCCUCUGAUGAAGGACUACGUGCCGUUCUCUUGGGCUUCCAUGGUUCAGGUCAAAUCUGAACACUUCCGUGCCCUCUCACAUUACUACGCCGCUGUUGCUCUUUGUGACCACACAUUGUCUGCCGAGGAGGAGGAGGCUGACGAGGAGGCAGAGAAGGCCUUCCUCCAGUUCUACAUCAACGUUCCUGCCGAACCAACACUCAUCCAGGUUCUACAAGACCCUGAAAAAAGAAGAAAGCUUGGUAAAGCUCACCUUCGCCGUGCAGUUAUCAGACAUGAGGAGGCCAUGCGUGUCCACAGUCUGUGCAAGAUCCUGAGGAAGAUGGACAUCUUGCAGGACGUCCUGUCUCUCGCACACAAACGCUCUUUAGACAAAUACUCGGAGCUGGACAGAGAGGACGACUUUGACGAAACUGCAGAGGCUCCAGAGAUACAGUCUCAAACACACAUUAAACCAGACAUCACUCCACCGAACUUCUCCACGGUCCAUGUUACUGAUAUCUUCCAGAGAUUGGGGCCUCUGUCGGUGUUCUGUGCGCGGGCUCGCUGGGGUCCGGUGCGUGUGAUCUGCCUGCAGAGGGGAGAGGGAGGACUGGGUCUCACGCUCAGAGGAGACUCCCCUGUCCUGGUAGCUGGAGUGGUGCCUGGAGGCUGUGCAGCGGAGGCCGGACUGAGAGAGGGAGACUACAUCGUAGCGGUGGGCGGAGAGGACUGUAAAUGGUCCAAACACAGUGAGGUGGUCCAAAUGUUGAAGAACUGUGGGGACAGAGGAGUGGAGCUCAGUGUGAUCACGUUACACUCACAUGACACACAGGUGGACAGAAAAACCAUCAUGCUGUCCAACAGUAAUGAUAAAGAAAACACACGGCAGCAGCGUCUGCUGGGUGCAGCGAAGGGCCAGAGCUCCGCCUCCUUGUUGAACUGGAAUAGGAAGAAGAAGAGGGAAGGCAACGGGCUCGGUAAGAGACUAGGAAGCACUUUCAGUUUGUCGUUUGGAAGCCUGAGAGACACUGAGGCCAUGUACUGAGACCGGACUGCAGAGGACACACUCAGGGAAUCGGAGUGGCGGAACAUGGUGCAGCUGUAUGCAGACUGAGAGAAGUGCUGCACUGAGACACAUCAGCAGAGGGCGCCACUGAGAGAGAAGCAAUAAUUAAGUCCUGUUUAAAUUUUCUACAUGGCAUCAUCUCUUUUCCUGCAGCACAGACCAUUACGUAACAGAUAUGUUGCUUUGGGAUAUUUUUCCUUUAAAAAAACGAGGAAUGGGCUUAAUGUUGCUGCCAUAACAAUUUGAAAGUCAAGCUUCAGAGGAGCAGCUGAACCACACGACCCUGGGGUCUGAAGAUGUGUUGAGACAGAAUGAAAACUGAAAUAAGUUUGCAGAUUUCCUCUGUGUGGUGCAAACUAAGGCUAGGAAAUGUUUGAGCUAAACUCUUGAGUUUAGGAUUGCACCAGCAUCUGGUUUAAAAGUCUUUUGAACACACUGGCCAACAGACCUGAGUUUCCCUCAGCAGUGAAGCCUGUGGUUAAAUCGCUGUGAGAUGAAACUGAAGGUUUAAUGCCUGACCUUCUUUUGCUUCUGCCUUGCUCUGAGUACAAUAAGGCAGCUAAAACAUGUGCAUUGAUUCAACAAACAAAACUUAACUCACUCUGUCUUUUCUUAAACCGAUGACUUCAGUGUUUGACGUGUGCUGCAGGCCCAGAACCAGCAGAGAGAACCAUGUGCAGCUGGUACAGUUACCUGGAUUAAGAAUGAAGACAUGACUCCCUGCUAUUCUUCAUAUAAAGUGCAGCAACAAGCACACUGCUGCAGCCUAUUUAUACAUAUCUGCCAUUAGCUGGACUGAAACAGGGAGCCGCAGAAAGACAAAUCAUUCUCCAAACACUAAGCACAAAAUUAAAAAAAGUCGAUCCAUCCAGCUGUUACUGGAUCAGAUUAAAAGGCGAGAGCAUUCUGCGACCAGUCUUUGUAGAGAUCCAGCGAUUUGGAAUUUAGUUUCACUAAAACUAAGUCUGCCUUUAAUAACUUCAGUUAUCAAACACUCGGUGUAUCAUGGCUCGUUUUGUGUCUAGGUUUGUGUUAGACCUCAGCUCAUCAGUGUUGGAUAUACCACUAAUAACUAUCAAAAAGAAUGCCGCUUUAUCCUGCCCUCCUGUGCUGUGAUUGGAAAGCCAAGGGGACAAACACAGAACUUAAACCCAGGAGACCUCUGUUAAUGUCAAACUGUGAUCUUUCUGAAACCUCAAGUGCGAGUUUGACCUUAGUUCAUAUGAAUUAAGGAUGUUCACAACUGACUAACUUUGAAUUCAGGCUAGCCGACUAGUCAAAAGGUAGGAAAACACUCAGAAAAAGGUCAAAACUGAGCACAAUUUAUUUAACUCAGCUAAACACAGGAUCAGAGUCUGUGAGUAAACAAUGCCAAAUUGGUUUGUAGAGUGUAGCUAACACUAGCAGAGCCACGCCUGUGCUGGUCAAGCAUUGCUACAUUUUCUCAAGUGCAGUGGUUAUAUGUCAUUUGAACCAGACACAGCCUUGGAAGUAGAGCUUUAUAGCAUUAUGGCUAGUUUGUGGUGGGUGGGUAUACAGUUCAGAAACAUGUGCCCAGUAUUUCAGGCCUACAAUAUUAAAAAUAUUGACAAUAAAUAGUUUAACUGGUUAGUGAUUCUUGCUAGUGUGACUAAGUUCAUCUGUUAAGUUGACUUAUCUCCUAUGUGGAGCUUUUAGACCAGGCAAUAACAGUAGUGUUGCAGUACUCGAGACCAGUCUUGAGACCACUUAUUUAAGGUCUCAGCCUCGUCUUGGAAUCAAAAGCAUUUUUACUCGGUCUUGUCUCAGUCUCCGACUCUCAGACUGGGCCGACUCUGUAUUUUAUAUCAAGCUAAAUACCUACCACAGGAUUACCGCAGUCAACACCUAUAACCCAUCAGAUAAAAACACUACAAAUAUUAGAAAAUAGAAAAUGCAUACAAUUAAUGAGAAAAAAGGCUUGAAAAAAGAAUCCUGCUCAGCUAACGAUAAGACCUACCUCCCCUGAGAUUACAGACAACAGAAAACACAAUUUUAACUCUAACCUAAAGCGAAAGUUAAACUAACGACGACCAAAACGAAACUUAAAGCUGGGGUUGGCAGUCUCAGAAAACUAGCAUGAAUUUGAAUGUAGCAUUUCCUCAGGACUCCGUCUAACCCCUCCCCUCCUCCCUCAGAGCUCCUCCAAAACGAGGAGUUUUCCCAGGUUUACUCCGGCUGUAGAUAGCAGCUUUUUUUAGCUCUUUUUUAAGAACACAUUAGGUAUUUAUUGCCAUCGGGACAUACAGAUCAUUUUAACCAGUAUAACAAAAAGUGUAUCUGAAUCUGAUUACCAACCCCAGCUUUAAGGAGUCACAAGUCUUUCACAGCGCGUCGAAGGAAAGACAACAAAGACAAAACCAAACCUUGUUUGUCGCUGUUAAUUGUAUUUAAAGCAAACCUAAAUAAAAUAAACAGAAGUCUUUUAUUUCGUUUACUCUCAUAAUGAUUUUUCAUUGAUAGUUAUGGUCUUGGUCUUGUCUCUGUCUCGCCCCUGCCUUGGUCUUGGUCUUGGUCUUGACCAGGUCUCGAUCCCUAAAUGUCUUGGUCUUGUCUUGGUGCACUCUGGUCUCGGACAUGUCUUGGUCUCAGUCAAUGUGGUCUUGACUACAACACUAAAUAACAGUAGUUUCAAGUCCUCCGAUUUGGAGGAUGAAUCAGCCAAUCACAGCAAAGGAGAGAAGAUUGGGAGGAUCUCUUGAUAGAAAAAACAUAACCCAUAUACCAUCAUCUUAUUUCCUAAUGCUGAUGCUUUAGAAAAGCAGACAAUCACAUUCUGCUCAUCACAGCUGAUGAACAUAGUGGAUCACAGUCUGUCAGAGUUCAUGCUGCAGAUUUGAAACCAUAUCUGUCAUGGUAAGAUGCUCUGCGAUGCAGCUAGCAAAGUUUUAUAUGAACACUAAGAAAAUAGUUAACAGUUCCAUUAAUCUACUUUGGGUACAUCUUCCUGUGUCUUAUAUCAUCCUUAAGUGGUCUCUAAGGUUACAGAAAUCUGUAACAGUCACCUGUUAAAAAGCUGAAGUGCUCUGGAAGCUAUCAGAAGCUUUAGAUCUGGAACAUCCACCAACACUCGUCACUGUAACUCACUAAUACACAUCAUGUUAGAUUCACCCUCUGAUCAGUGUUGUAAAGAAAUAUGUUAGUGUAUAUGUCUGUCAUUGUUAGAGGAUUAAAAGCACUUCAGAGAUUUGAUCAGAUGUUCUGUAGUUUUGAUAUUUUUAAUGCACUGUGAAUACCGAACACGAGUAAUCUCUUGUUGAAGAUGUUGUUGUAACUCUCCAUACGUUGAGAGGUUGUGUGUUUUGUGUGAUCCUGAAGUGUUGAAGUCCAGCCACUGCACUGUCUGUCACAGUCAGACAUUAUUAGGAAGAGUAGAUGUUUCCUUUAACUAACACUGUUUAAACUUUUGUAAGAUUUUGAUAAGAGUAGUAAGAUUAUUGAAAAUUGUAGCAUUGUUUAGUCCAGCAAAAAGUAACUCUGUGUUGGAUGAGGUUGUUUUUUUUUUGUAUGAUGUUUGUGCCAUGUUGGUCCGUCAGAGUACGGAAAGUCAGAGGGGACAAACAAGUUUUACUCACUUUACCAAAUAGAAUUUCAACAGCAUGUUACAAUUAUAUAAAAAAAAAAAACAAGAGCAGUAUUUGCAACAAGAAAAGGAUUAUUUUGCAUUGCAUCAACUUCUGUUCUCACUCUUUUUUUUAUUUGAAGAAAUAAUUUUGAUAUUGUUCUUAAAUUUUUCGCAAGUCCCCUUUGAGCUGUCACAUAAAUGUGUGACUUAAGUACGAGUUUUCUUGAUUUAUUGAGUAAAUUUGUGUGUUUAUUUUGCUCCAUAAUUUAGGAGAAUAUUCACAUUUUUGUACCUGGUUAUUUUGAUAUGCAAAGUUUGUUCUCUGAAUGACACGUAUGACUUUAUAACAGAACAUAUUCAUUUUUCUUUUUAAUCUGUCCACGAUUUUAUGUUUCCAUAACGUUUGAGCUCAUAAACAUAUUUUUUUGCAUAGAGUUCAACCUAAAUCUUGGAUUUGCCCUGCGGUAUGUUUCCACAUAAUAAUGAGAAGUUUUUCACUUUUGGUUUUGUGUCCUACAUCUGUGGAAAAAAAGUUUCUAAAUAACAGUGUUGACAACUUGAGCCAAAACUGCAGAAAAGAAGAAUUUUCAUAAUCUUUUAAUCUUGAAUUCUGACUCAAAGGAAACAUGUUGGGUUUAAGAAAUCCCAGCGAAACGUUCUUGUUUUCAAGGACACCUUAAUUAAACCCCUCUGCAGUUGUGUGUGUGUGUGUGUGUGUGUGUGUGUGUGUGUGUGUGUGUGUGUGUGUGUGCGUGCGUGCGUGCGUGCGUGCGUGCGUGCGUGCGUGCGUGCGUGCGUGCGUGCGUGCGUGCGUGCGUGCGUGCGUGCGUGCGUGUCUGUGUGAGUUGUUUGUAAACACAGUUUUGAGGAGGAAUCAUCUUUGAGGAUCUGACUGUCCCUGAACGACUGCGUUUGGGGUAAUUUGCACAGUUUUGUUUUUCCAUGUGUAAAUACAAUAAAAGUGAAAAUGAACUGA